UGUGUGUGUGUGUGUGUGUCUGUCACUGUGAUCACGGCGUGCUAAGAGGAGAUUUUAACCAUCAUAACCAUCAGGGCAGGUCUGUGAUGGUAUGAAUUGUACAUUCAUUUUCUGAUCCGUACGUGAAGGAGAGAAAGACUAUUUGGCUUUCCUCGCUCACUGUUAUUUUUUUAUUUAUUUUUUUUGAUUGCCGACAGCGAGGAAGAAAGAAAGCGAGCAAGCGAACCAAGAAGCUGGUGAAUUGUUCUUAUAUCUGCUAUCAUUAUUAUUAUCAUCAUAAUUAUUACAAUUAUUAUUAUUCGUAUUAUUCACUUCUUUUUUUUUUUGCGUGGGGAUUGUGUGACGAAGCAUCACCAGUAAAAGGAUUGUCAAAGCCAGCCAGCUAGCCAGCAUGCACAAACACCACCACUGCUGCAAGUGCCCGGAAUGCUACGAGGUGACCCGCAUGGCAGCCCUGCGCAGGAUGGACCCCCCCACUUACGGGGACUGGCAGCCCGACCAGUUUGGUUACCCAGCAGGGUUCGGCGCCGGACAGACCCUGCCCUCUCCGGCGGCUGGGGGAGGGGGAGGCGUGGGAGGAACGGGCACCAUAGGCAGGAGUAAAGGCAAGCUGAUGACUGCUGCAGGCUCCGGGGGCCCCAACCCCAAGGGCCAGUCCAAGGGCGGCCCCAAAGUGAACGGCAACAGUUCCAGCGGUCAAGGAGGAUGGUGGCCGGAGUGUACCUGUUCUAACCGGGACUGGUACGACCAGGCUAACCCUCCUCCCAUCAUUGUAAAUGCAGACUCCCUGGACCCAGGUCCUUAUGUAAAUGGUAGCGAUGGAAUGUACAAAUAUGAAGAGAUUAUUUUGGAAAGGGGUAACUCCGGUCUGGGAUUCAGUAUUGCUGGUGGAAUCGACAAUCCACACAUUCCAGAUGACCCAGGGAUUUUCAUCACUAAAAUAAUCCCAGGAGGGGCUGCAGCAAUGGAUGGCAGACUGGGGGUGAAUGACUGUGUGUUGCGAGUCAAUGAAGUCGAUGUGUCGGAGGUGGUGCACAGCCGGGCAGUGGAGGCGCUGAAGGAGGCGGGGCCAGUAGUGAGGCUGCUGGUGAGGCGACGACAGGCUCCGCCCGAAACCAUCAUGGAGAUCAACCUGCUCAAGGGACCAAAAGGACUGGGCUUCAGCAUCGCAGGGGGAAUCGGGAAUCAGCACAUCCCCGGAGACAACAGCAUCUACAUCACCAAGAUCAUCGAGGCAGGGGCCGCGCAGAAGGACGGCAGGCUGCACACGGGGGACCGCCUACUCGCUGUGAAUAACAUCAAUCUGCAGGACGUGCGUCACGAGGAGGCUGUGGCGGCCCUGAAGAACACCUCUGACAUGGUCUACCUGAAAGUGGCCAAGCCAGGCCCUGUACACAUGAACGACAUGUACGCCCCGCCGGACUACAGCAGCACAUUCCCCACUAUGGUUGAUAACCAUGUCAGCCACAACUCCAGCAUGGGCUACCUGGGCCGAGUCGAGAGCAAGCCCACCUACCAGCCUCCUCAGGUCACGCCCUCCAGGUACUCCCCUGUCCCUCGUCACAUGAUCGGGGAGGACGACUUCACCAGGGCUGAACCCAUUUACAGUGUUGUCCACAAACAAGCGGAGUCCAGCCCUCCCUCCCCCCAUCUCUACAGCAGGGUGUCCCGGGAAGUGGGUCCUAGCCCUGCCCCCACUGUCCUGCGCCCUGGCCUGGCCCCUUCUUCCAGCAGGGAGCCACGGAAGAUCCUGCUUCACAAGGGCUCGACGGGACUGGGGUUCAACAUCGUGGGGGGCGAGGAUGGGGAGGGGAUCUUCGUCUCCUUCAUUCUGGCGGGGGGGCCGGCAGACCUCAGUGGGGAGCUGCGGAGGGGAGACCGCAUCCUAUCGGUGAACGGGGUCAAUCUGCGGAGCGCCACACACGAGCAGGCGGCCGCCGCAUUAAAGAGGGCGGGGCAGACAGUCACCAUCAUCGCCCAAUACCGGCCCGAAGGUAGGAACCCAGAAUACAGCCGCUUUGAGUCCAAGAUCCACGACCUGCGGGAGCAGAUGAUGAACAGCAGCAUGAGCUCUGGCUCGGGGUCCCUGCGCACCAGCGAGAAGAGAUCCCUCUACGUCAGGGCUCUGUUUGACUACGACCGGACUCGGGACAGUUGCCUGCCUAGCCAGGGUCUCAGCUUUCUGUACGGAGACAUCCUGCAUGUCAUCAAUGCCUCCGAUGAUGAGUGGUGGCAAGCACGGCUCGUUACUCCACACGGCGAGAGCGAGCAGAUCGGGGUCAUCCCCAGCAAAAAGAGAGUUGAGAAGAAAGAAAGAGCAAGGUUAAAAACAGUGAAGUUCCACGCCCGGACAGGCAUGAUUGAGUCAAACAGGCAGUCAGUCAAAUCAAAGCGUAAAAAGAGCUUCAACCUCUCGCGCAAGUUCCCAUUUUACAAGAGCAAGGAGAAUAUUGGGCAGGAAAAUGUGGACACGGAACAAUGUGUGACAUCCAACACAAGCGACAGUGAAAGCAGCUCCAAGGGUCAAGAAGACACCAUUCUCUCUUACGAACCUGUUACGCGACAGGAAAUUCACUACACCAGACCUGUGAUAAUCCUGGGCCCAAUGAAGGACAGAAUAAAUGAUGAUCUGAUUUCAGAGUAUCCCCACAAGUUUGGAUCUUGUGUACCACACACUACCCGGCCUCAACGUGAGACCGAGCUGGACGGCCAGGACUAUCACUUUGUUGUCUCCAGAGAGCAGAUGGAGAAGGACAUUCAGGAUAAUAAAUUUAUUGAGGCAGGCCAGUUUAAUGAGAACCUGUAUGGGACCAGCAUCCAGUCUGUGAGGGCGGUUGCAGAGAGGGGAAAACACUGUAUUCUGGAUGUGUCUGGGAAUGCCAUAAAGAGGUUGCAACAAGCACAACUUUUUUCAAUUGCCAUUUUCAUCAAGCCAAAAUCCAUCGAAGCCCUUAUGGAAAUGAAUAAAAGACAGACAUACGAACAAGCCAAUAAAGUCUUCGACAAGGCAGUGAAGCUGGAGCAAGAGUUUGGGGAGUAUUUUACAGCCAUUGUACAGGGUGACUCGCUAGAAGAAAUCUACAACAAAAUAAAACUGGUAAUUGAGGAACAAUCUGGUCCCUACAUCUGGAUCCCUUCCUCUGAAAAGCUCUGAGCGUCCCUUCAACCCCCUGCCUUGGAGCGGGGCUUCCCCACCCCGAUCGAGUCCGAUCCCUCCCCUUUUUACAGAUAUGUUGCAUAUCGAGUUUUAUUGUCAUCAUUCUGUUACUCUUUAAAAACAAAUCUUUAUCACCAUUACAGUGACUGUGCGCAUCCCUGCAUGAGUUUUUCUGCAAUUCCAUCGAAGACUGGAAAAUGUCAUUCGAAAUGAAUUUUAGAUCAUUUUAAAAAAAGAAGAAAAAAAAAGAAAAAGCAAAAAAAAUCAAUUCUGGUCUGCAUAGGGACAGAAAGGAUCAGCAGAAUGCCCUAAAGCAUUUGAAAAAUGGGAUGUGGAGAAGUUUGGCAAGGGGAAUCAUACAAGUUGAAACGACUUCUGUGUGUUUAUAAACUUGCAUUAUGGACUUGGAGGGUGAGCAGACAGGAAGAGACCAUUGAGGUUUUUAUAUAAGGACUAGUUACAAAUCAAACCCCCUGCUGGUACUCUGCUAUUCAAGGGAUCUUUUCCAAUGUUUCUAAUUCAGAUCAGUGAUGAAAAGUACAAACUGCUGCUCACAAUUAUCACAACCAGCUUGUUGUGUGAUUGGUUGCCAGCAGUUUGUGAAGCAGCCAUUCAAGAUUACUCAUCUCCGGAGGUGGGAAGAAAGGAAUUAUGGGAUGCGAAUCUAUACAUUUAUAUACUGAACAGGAAGAUAAAGAUUAAAAUCCAAUGGAAAGAUGAUUUUACUACAUAUUAAAAAUACACAUUGUUUUACACAUCAUGAAAAUUGUCUGCAUGGAGGGCUUUCUGAUUUUUAUUUUUUGAAGCUGCUCUGAAUAAGGGAGGAGUGACCUGGGGUCCCUACAAAAUCUUAAGCUGCCUUGCAACUAAAAUCUGUGAAACUGCCACUAGAAUGGCUGACUGUGCAGCUUAUAUCUUAAGGCUGCUGUAUUUUCAGUUUGAACAAAUAUUUCAAUGGCCCUUGAAGAUGAUUCUCCCUACAUGCAAAGGCUUCGUUGUUGAGCCAGUGGGUUAGAAUCUUAUCUGCAUAAUUUGAGUUUGUUUUCAGGGGUAUCCUAAUUAGGGUAUGUCUUACAAAGACGAUGAAAUGACAAAUACUCAAGGUCACUCAAAUGUUUUAGUAGUUACGCAAAAAUUGCAAGUCAAAAUCUCCAGGCAUCCCAGUCCCCUUCAAUGCUACAGUGUGUCUGCAGUAUUAUAAUUGUUUUAGAUGCAGAUCCUUACAGGGCUCACACCUGCCAUAUUCAGACAAGAUGGUUUUGUGGUACAUUCCUCUCAGCUGCUUUUUCUUUACUGUCUUUUUUUAACUUUUAUUUUAUUUUUUAUUAUUAUUAUUGAAACAGCAGCCUGAAAACGGGUAGAAAAAAACUAAUGGUAAUUCAUUUUCAGUAAUCUGACAGAACAGAAACUAUCAUGUUUGUGCGACAGACAUGUUUUUAUUUAAGGAUGGAUAGUCCAGCUCAGAACUUGUACUGAUACACUUGGUGAUCUGGAUGGAGGAGGCAGACUAUUGGAGGUGGAGGGAUGUCACAGUAACUGAGCCUGGUGUAUAAUUGUGAAAGGGAGUGAAAAAACAAGCUUUUUUGAGAGGGAUUUUUUUCAUCAAACUAACAUAUGUAUUUAGUACUGCCUUUACCAACUUAUUUUAUUUUGCAUACAUAACUGUAAAACUUAUAUGCUGUAAAUCAGUAGAUAACAAGGAAGUGCUGUAUUAUUGACAUACCAACACAGUAAAGCACCUGUACAGUUACUUGUGACAUCUCUACUGAAUUUAGUGCUGAACAGUGUACCUCUUUAUAACUUGAGGUUUCCAGUUUGCUGAAUGCCUCCCUCUUGCUUUAUUGGAACAGAGCAUUAUUAAUAAAUAGAGUGAACUUCCACUUUCUUUUGAAGGAGUGGAUAUUUCACUUUGUGAGCAUGCAGGGUAUUCACAAGGCCAAGAUACACACUGUAAUCUACAGGCAUUUUCUGAACAGACUUGCUAAUCUGUCAAGCACCUCUGUAAAACCAGCUGUAACUAAUGUUAACACAGUUCAGGGACUAUAGAGAGGGAAAAGAGCCAUUAUAAAUUGCUUAUAGACUGUUCAGGAGGUUAUUCUAGCUGUAACAUUCACCUUAUGUCAAGAGUGAGAAUCAGUGGAGGGAAACAAAUUUCAGGUAAGUACACUUUUCUGUUAGAAGAUCUGACAGUACAGACACAUGUUAAAACACUACUACUCCCCUGUAAACAAAAACUCCAUCCCACUGCUGGCCUGUCUGUCAGUUAUUUAGUUAUUUUUGGACUUGCGGGUAACGGUAAAGGCUGAUACCCACCAGAUGCGAUGCGGCAAGCAGAACUGCAGCGAUGUGUCAAAAUGAAUAGAAACUAUACUUUUGCGAAGUAUCUCAUACCACAGGCAACGCAGGUGUGGCGCAAAAUUAAUUGAAUCCUAUUUUUUGCGGUUUGAUGCGUUAGCAAAGGCAUUGAGCAAUCGGAGAACAGCUUCAAUGCAUGUGGCCCAUCACAGUGAAGCAGUAUCCAAAAUGACAGAAACAAGACUUGAAAAAGUUCCCAGAGCUGUAUGAUAAAAGGCAUCACAAUUAUAAAGAUACAGAUUUGAAAGAUAAUAUAUGGGAGUCCAUAUCGAAGGAACUGGAUAAGCCUGGUGUGUAUGAUUUGUUGCCAUAUAUGUUGAUAUACCAAUCUGUGAAGACACUCAUCAUUGCCACGUCAUGUUAAUGAAUAUGUACCAGUCUUGAUCAUAGUUUUGUCAAUAACACUUUUGAACAGCUGUAUAGAUCUGGCAGUUUUCAAACCUGUCGCUUCUGGUGUGUGUUCAUGUUGCUGCAAAAGUGUCUCGUCGCCAAUUUAAAAAAUAGCAUCGCGUCUGGUGUGUGGAGACCAACAGUAGACGGCAUAUGUCGUGUAUAAAGUUUUAACUACCAAUCCAAUCCAAUUUUUUGACCUGGAAGAAUACUGACCUACAGUACUGAGUCUGAACACUGCAGACUGUUUGUGUGUCUGUUAUUUAUCACAAAGUCGACCUAUGAAUAAAUAGCCCAAAGAAUACUUAUUUGAGGUUACUGUGCUCUGAGAUUUAAUCUGUCUACUGCCUUUGUGUUCUUUUUGUGAGGGUGCCACUCUUUGGGCCAGAAGGACUUUCUAAGAAAUAAACUGUAUUUUUGUCUUUAAUUUCUGUCAUUGGGUUUUGAGAGUAAGGCUAAGGCUGGCAUGGUGUUACUCACCGGUUCAGUAACUGCCAGUAAAUCCUUGAUUGUACGCUAUAUUAUACUUUCUGUUACAAUAUGUAACUAACAGGACAAUAUUGUGUGGGCCCAGGUACAAAAGGAAUCCUUGUUGUCAUGGUUACCAAUCGGUAUACUGGCCAAGAAGGAAGGUUUUCCUUUUUGGAAUGGACAAAAAUAUUUUUAAAAAAAUAAUAAAAUAUGUGACUAUA